AUGGCUUCCGCCACUAUCGGCAGUGCGGUGAGAGCCAGGCUGCUCUCAGCGCCUGCAUUAACCUGUCGACAAUGCCAAAGAAUCCGACUGACACCUACCCUACGCACCCCGCUACAUUCCGCCCAAUACAGUACAUCACGAACACCUUCAAAACUUCAAUCUAUUCUUCUCAAGAGCUCGAAAUCCGGAACCAUUCUUCUUUCGAAAACCAAGUCGUCCGUUCUUGAAAGCAUUGGCACUGUAAAGUCCGCGUACCGCCGGUUAGCUACAUCUGCAGUUGGAAGCGAUGCCGCCACCACAGCCACGACGAAGACGAAAUCGAGUAGCUUCCCUGAUAUAUCUGAGAAAUCCGUCGGUUACUGGUUGCUUGGAUCGGCUGGUCUUGUCUUUGGUAUCGUAGUUCUAGGCGGUUUGACUCGUUUAACGGAAUCGGGUCUUUCGAUCACAGAAUGGAAACCCGUAACCGGCUCGUUACCACCCCUCUCGGAUGCUGAUUGGGAAUCCGAAUUCUCAAAGUACCGUAACUCGCCCGAAUUCCGAAUCUUAAACCCGACCAUGAACCUCGAAGAAUACAAGUUUAUCUACUACAUGGAAUGGACACACAGACUUCUUGGAAGAGUCAUUGGUCUCUCGUUCGUUCUUCCAGCUAUUUAUUUUGUCGCUCGCCGAAAGGUUUCCAAAUCAAUGGCAUUGAAGCUGGGCGGUAUCGCGCUAGGUAUUGGAUUCCAAGGUUUCAUCGGAUGGUGGAUGGUGAAGAGCGGGCUGCAGGACGACCUAUUCCAGAAACCGGGGUCACAUCCGAGAGUUAGUCAAUACAGGUUAACAGCGCACUUGGGCGCCGCCUUCGCGGUUUAUAGCGCCAUGCUAUAUGCUGGGGUCAGCGUUUUUCGCGAAAACCGACUGCUGAAGGAUCCCAAGAAGGCCGUCGAGCUUUUGACGAAGCGAAGGAUUGGUGCAUUGGUCCCGCUGAGGAUAUUUGUCGGAUUCGUCAGUUUGUUGAUAUUCACAACGGCUAUGUCUGGGGCGCUAGUAGCAGGACUGGACGCUGGGCUCGUUUAUAACGAGUUCCCGAUGAUGGGUACUGGUCUUGCUCCACCAGUGUCGGAGUUAUUGGAUCCAUUCUAUUCCAGAGAACCGCCUCCGCACAACGACCUCGUAUGGAGGAACAUGCUUGAAAAUCCUACAACUGUACAGUUGGAUCAUAGGAUCCUAGCUACCACCUCAUUUUUCACGGUCUUGGCAUUAUGGGCAUACGGUGGACGCUUGCGAAGGGCGAAAGUCCUUACUCCAGAAGCGAAGAAAGGGAUCUUGGGUCUAGUUCACCUCGUCAGCAUGCAAGUUGCAUUGGGGAUUGCGACGCUGAUUUACUUUGUCCCACAUUCGCUUGCAAGCUUGCAUCAGGCGAAUAGUUUGGCGCUGUUGACUGGUUGUUUGGUACUUGGGAGCAGAGUUUGGGUUCCCCGGGCCCUGUUGAAGGUAGCCGAGAAACGCGUUGCAUUAAUGGGCAGGGGUACUAAGACGGCGGGGAAGAAGGUUGAAAAGUCAGAUAUGGCGAUUUAA